GCGGGGUGUGGACUUCCCUGCUAACCCCGCCCCCCGGCUCUGGAUAAUUUAGAGCCGCGCGCGGGGCGGGAAUGUAAGAUGGCGGAGUAGCAGCGUGAAGAGGUUAGCAUUGAGUCUCCGGGCAGACUUUGGUUCCUGCCUCCGCCGCAGCAGUGAUCGCUUAGUUAAGAGUGCCUAGAGUAAUUGGACAAGAUGCCGAACAUCAAAAUCUUCAGCGGCAGCUCCCACCAGGAUUUGUCCCAGAAGAUUGCCGACCGCCUGGGCCUGGAGCUAGGCAAGGUGGUGACUAAGAAAUUUAGCAACCAGGAGACCUGUGUGGAAAUUGGCGAAAGUGUACGUGGAGAGGAUGUCUACAUCGUUCAGAGUGGUUGUGGUGAAAUCAAUGACAAUUUAAUGGAGCUUUUGAUCAUGAUUAAUGCCUGCAAGAUUGCUUCAGCCAGCCGGGUUACUGCAGUCAUCCCAUGCUUCCCGUAUGCCCGGCAGGAUAAGAAGGAUAAGAGCCGGGCUCCAAUUUCAGCCAAACUUGUUGCAAAUAUGCUGUCUGUAGCAGGUGCAGAUCAUAUUAUCACCAUGGACCUACAUGCUUCUCAAAUACAGGGCUUUUUUGAUAUCCCAGUUGACAAUUUGUAUGCAGAGCCAGCUGUCCUGAAGUGGAUAAGGGAGAACAUCUCUGAGUGGAGGAACUGCACUAUUGUCUCACCUGAUGCUGGUGGAGCUAAGAGAGUAACCUCCAUUGCCGACCGGCUGAAUGUGGACUUUGCCUUGAUUCAUAAAGAACGGAAGAAGGCCAAUGAAGUGGACCGCAUGGUCCUCGUGGGAGAUGUGAAAGAUCGAGUGGCCAUCCUUGUUGAUGACAUGGCUGAUACUUGUGGCACAAUCUGCCACGCAGCUGACAAACUUCUCUCAGCUGGAGCCACCAGAGUUUAUGCUAUCUUGACUCAUGGAAUCUUUUCUGGUCCAGCCAUUUCUCGCAUCAACAACGCAUGCUUUGAAGCAGUAGUAGUCACCAAUACCAUACCUCAGGAGGACAAGAUGAAGCAUUGCUCCAAAAUACAGGUGAUCGACAUCUCCAUGAUCCUUGCAGAAGCCAUCAGGAGAACUCACAACGGGGAAUCUGUUUCCUACCUGUUCAGCCAUGUUCCUUUAUAAUAGAAUGACUUCUGAAGCUUUUUAAAAAUAAAAACAACCCCGCCCCCCCUUGUUUUCCCUUGGUAUUUGAUGACAAACUCCGCAGAAGACCUAGCUUAUUCCAGUGUAGCUUUCUACAUCCCACAUCAACUAUUAGCGCUUAUCCUAAAUGGGGAAAUACAGAUUGAUAUUAACUACUGGGAUUCCUACCCGUGUUUCAUUCUGACUUCCUCCAUGAUCUUAAUGAGCCUUGCAGCUUUAACUAUAGUUCAGCUGCUGCAAGAUUUUAUACUUUUGAAGGUGUUGUGUAGAGGUGUGUGACUGUGAUUAGGGAAGCUCAGACUACUUUGCAUGUGAAUGCUUCAGGGUUUUCUUUGUUCAGAACAACUAGCAACAGAGCCAACCCACGUGGGACAAGGUCUCCAAGAUCCGAUGCUAAAUUACAGCAAGAGCUCUGGGCUGCCCUAAAUGUAGUCCUGGUAGCUUAGCAUCCAACAAGGCAGGAGCAGGCAGCUCAGCUUGAGCAGCCAUUGGGUGGGGGUUGGGGGGGUAGGGAGAGGCAGCACUUAGUGCAGCAAAUGUUUCUUGGGAGGAAGAAGCCUGAUCCAUCACCAUCUGCUUUACUGUGUAGCUCUGAUUCUCCUUUAUACCUGUUCCUUUCCAUUGGCUUACCUUCAUCCAUCUCGACCUUUUCCUGGCCAAAUAUCCUCUUGGGCCCAAAUGAUCAUCGUACCAUAGUCUUCUGGAAAGCAAACUUGCUUCCUGCUAUGUAAUUGCUAACAUUCCCAUUAGAUGAUUUGCUGUAGCUUAAUCUUCCUUAGCCUACUACUGCUGCAGCAGUAGGUUUUAGGUGAUAAUCGUAGUGCCUUUGGAUUCAUUUAAGUAUUUAAUUUUUAUCUUCCUUCCUUGGAUCUGUUUAGCCUCUCAAAUGACCUGAGAUUUCUGUUUUAAAAGAUUGAUGUUAUUGUCUCUUGUAGAGGAAACUAAUAAAGUAUAUGUGUCUUGA